ACGCGCGUUCUGCUUGUCGGUAUGGACGGAAGCGGAAGUAGCGGCCCAUGCUGAAGUUGUGGUUGCUGUCCGCGUGGUGAGGCGUCGGCGGUCGACGGCGACUCGGACUUGGCGGGGAUGGAAGUGACGAAGCAGUUCGAAACGCUGAGCUUCGCAGGUGAGGCGGCGGAUCGCAAGGGGAGCCGCAGCGUGGCGGCGGGAAAUGUUUCGCUUCGCUCGGGAAACCUCUCGGCGGUGGGACAGACGGCCUUUCAAGGGCGGAGCGGGACCGGCGGUGCGGCAACCGAGAGGCUUUUUCAGGUAGGGGAGGCAGGGCCCUCCUCGGGCGUCCCUAAAGGAGGUGCCAUUGAUGGACAAAUUCCCGGCCCAAGUCCUGGCCUCCUGGAGCUCCCUGCCACAGACUCAAGUCCCAUUAACGGAUCCGCCUUAUCUAGUGACCUCACGUGUCCGGCUGGUAACCCGGUGGCGGGUUCUGUUGCGGAAGGACAGCCGGUCACAGGACAAGGCGAGGAGCGGAGCCAGGACUCCCAGGAACCAGCGGAAGGAGAGGACCUGCUUGGCCUCGACGCCUGUCUUGAGGAAGGGGGGCCACCGCCGCACUUAGAUUUCACUCGACCCUCGUCUUGGCCUGGCUUGACGGAAGGCCUUGGCCAGGCGGCGGUGUGUGCUCGGCUGAUCUCUCCAGGUACGGAGGGGCAAGGAGACCGUGUAGACCAGAGGCCUCCUGACGUUUUCGCCAUGAGGAAGGAGCCGUUGGUGGACGAAGGAGACAGCUCUUCCACGGAAUCCGAGAGUGAUACUGAUACGGAGAGUUCCUCUUCUGUUUCCUCGACUUCUUCCUGUUCUCCAGUGGUAUCUGAGGAAGAUGACCAGCAAUACGAGAAUAAUGCAAAUUCUCACAGCAUUGUGAAGAAAGGUGGAUUAUCUGAAAAGACAGCACUUCCUGUUGAAGAUCUCACAUUCCUUCUACCAGAAUUUGUUGCUGUAAUGCCAUUUGGAAAAGUUUCCAGCAUUAUUGAAAACUUAGUUGUUGUUGAAUCACUUAAAGGGCUCCCACCAGUGAAUGAGGACAGUGUGCUUUUCAAACAAGAUCGUUAUUCUAUAGGAAAGGUGUUUGAGGUGUUUGGCCCUGUGUCACAUCCCUUUUAUGCACUACAGUUUAACAGUCCUGAACAUAUUGAAGCAAAAGGUAUUAAAGUACACGAUGAUGUGUAUUUUGCUCCAUCAGUUGAAAGCUUCACUCAGUAUGUAUUUCCAGAAAAAAUUAAACAGGGUAAAGGAUCUGAUGCAUCAUGGAAGGAUGAUGAAGAGCCCCCAUCUGAGGCUUUAGAGUUUAGUGAUGAUGAAAAAGAGCAAGAAACAAAACAACAAAAGAAAUCUCAAAACCCAAGAAGAAAGAAGUUUAGAUCACAAGAUGAAUCUCAUGAGAAUGGAAUUCAUUAUCAGCCCAGGAGACAUUAUCCUCCAAAUUAUUCAAGUGGAUUUCCUAGGGGAGAAUUUAAUCCCUCCUUUUCAAGGGGUAGAUUUCAUCAUCCACGGAUUCCUCCGCGUUCUUUCAGGUGGCGAUCAAAGCCUCCACAGCAUUACUGUACUGAGUAUACAGAAUUUCAGAAGCCUUCAGCUUUUUUUCGGCAUCAGAGAAGGGGAUAUCCUGGAAGGCGGCAAUAUUCCUUUCCUCCCCCAUCAUUUGGAACAGUUACUAAUGAGACAAGUCCUUUUCCACCUCCACCUCCACCUCCAACUUGGGGAUGGACUCAGGAUUGUGUUCAGAAUACUUAUGACCCACUGCUGUCAUUGCUAUCGCUACCACCACCACCACCGCCUCCACUGCCACCUGCAUCAACUGCUCCUCCCUACAAUACUAACCCACUUUAGGCUGUAUUUUGACUUGCAGUGAUCUGGAAAAUUUAAGAUGUUUCUGAACACUGUAUUGCAUUUUCUUUUUAAAUAUCUUGAGAGGUUCAUUUGAGUAUGAAAAUACAAACUGAAAUAGAAAUAUUUUGUACAAAAUCAAAAUGCCUUCCAAAUAGAUGGCAUUUCUCUAACUGAAGAAGAGUCGAUGCUAUGUUUAAUAAUGGCACAAGUUGAUAAAGUAGUAAUUAAAGUAUUUUGGCUUCGAACAUGACUACAUUUCUAUUUUGUACAUGAUUAAACCAUGUUGUUGGAAACUUUAUUUUUUGUAAUAAACUGACAUUUUUAUAUUGCAAACAUUCUAAAAAAAUGGUUAGGUUUUUUGUUUGUGGUGUUGGAGAAAAAUUUUCCUCACAAGAAUAAAUAAAUGUUGAAAUGCUGAAUGUA